CUCCAUAUAUAUAACACACACAAAUUUUGAAUUCUGAAUCUUAUAACUAGUCUUACACUUCCUUUCAUCAUAUGUUUCUUUCUUAAUUUGUGUUGAGUUUUUCAAACAAAAUGGUGCACCCAACUCUAGACAUCACGGUUCAAUACGCCGAGGAUCUGAACAAGGUCAGCUUAAUCUCGAAAAUGGACGUGUACGUCGUCGUUUCCAUCUCCGGCAACCAAAAGACUAAAACACCCAUCCAUCAAGGCGGCGGCACCAACCCCACCUGGACUUUCCCGAUGAAGUUCGCGGUCGAGGAGGCGGCGCUCACGCAAAACCGCCUCAUGCUAGACUUCGACAUCAAGUGCGAGAAGGCCUUAGGCAACAGACUCAUCGGCCAAGUCCACGUCCCCGUCAAGGAGCUUCUCGAUAUUCCGGCGAAGCCCUGCGCCGCCAAGAACUUCGUCACCUACCAAGUCAAAAAGCCCGACGGAAGGCCCAAAGGGAAACUCACCUUCUCCUACCAUUUCCGACCAACCACCGCCGCGCCGCCGGAUUCCACGAUUGUGUACCCUGUGGUGGAGCCCAUUUCGCCUUACCAUCUCAUGAUCGCGCCGGAAUCCACUCCGCCAUAUUCGCCGGCGGUAUGCGGAGGACUAUAUCCACCACUGCCGCCGCCGUCAUCGUACCUGCCAGCUUGUGGUAUGAUAAAACCGGAAGUGUAUCCUCAGCCACUUUCGUCGCCGCCGCCGUGUUUAAAGCCGCAGGGGUAUUUUGGUCAUUCGCCGCCGAUGAUGCAGCUAGCUCCGGAUUGGUGGAUUGCUGAUUGGAGACAUGAUACGCGAUGCACCGGAUUUUGAUUCCAAUUUAUUUAUUUUUUGUGUUUUUUUUUACUUUUCAUACACAUUAGUUUAGUGUCCAAUAAAAUUGUGAUUGGGGUUAGCUUAUGACAUUUUUACUGUUUUUGUAUACAUCGAGCUAGAUAAUUAUUUUAUUGAUAAUAA